AUGACGUUUAACUUGGACAUCAUAAUUUUCGUCUCACUCGCAACCAGCAAGGUGUCAGGCUUCGUGUCCACGAUUGACCAUUUUGUCAUCAUUCUUCUUCAAGUGAAAUUGAGGGGGGAAAACAGUGUUGAGCAUUGGAAAGACUCCACCUUCUAUCUCCAACACGAAAUGCGGCUCGAAAUGGAGUGGCUUAGAGGUGUCUACUGGAAGCAAACUGAUUCAAUUACGGGAAAUCUUCACGUGAGGUCGUCUUGGCUUCUCUCCCGCUUGUGUCACAGCCACACUCUCAGUGGCUCACUAAAAGAACAAGGCUGUAACAGGGGGGGCAUUCACAUGGAGAUCAUCUGCACUUUAGCUCAAAUGGCGAUGCCUUCGACGUGUGUUCGUCCGCUGUUCUUCCUCCAACACCAAUCUGCUGCCGGCUCAUCGGACAAAGGUCAGCUCAAUGCAGAGGCACGUGCUCACGUUGCACGCCAGGCUGCCCUCAAGGAGGCCAAGAAGCCAAAAGUGCUGCAAUUCAUAAGUUGUUCCCCGGGAACAAAACCUCGCCGAAAUCAUUAUCGCCUCACUGGCGAGACCGACGACCCUGGGGAUGACAGGGAUAUUCGGCGCUUGAGAGCCAGCCAUCGGUGCAAAAUCCCGCUCAGUCCAAAAAAGGCCGCGAGCUUGGAUCCGUUCGACUCUCUCGCUGUCCCAGAGCCGGCACGAGAAGAGCAAUUUUUACUUCAUUAUGAUCAUUCAGCAUUCAACAGGACUCUACCGGCGUUUGGGGAGUCAGAAACCCACAAACGUGACUUUGCUCACUCGUGGAUAACAAGAACCAUGGAAUCUCCCUUGGUUUUCUACGCUCAGAUACUUGGAUCCUCUACCCACUACUCCAUCUCGUCGCCUGGCGCUGAUGGGCAGAACCGCAUCAUCACAAGAGGGCUGCAGCGAAAGAUUCAAGCCAUCAGAGCUCUGAGAACCAAGAUAGAGCAGUACAAGCCAGGCUCUUCUGGAGUCGACCAGGGUCUCCUUCUCGCCAUCUUUAUUCUCGCAAUCCAUGGAAACUUUGACCUGACGGAUAGACCUGAGCCGCACCCCUUGUCGCCGAUGGCUACCUACCGCGACAUGAACAUCUAUGGGAGAAUGACGUUUGGAGAGGAGCAUAUUAAAGCGCUCUAUUACCUCGUCGAGCAGAACGGAGGAAUCUCAUGCGUUGACCCGCAUGCUUUUGGAUACGUGCUACCUCUGUUUGAUAUCGUCUACAGUGCUCGGAAAGGGUGUGUGCCCAGGUUCUCUUGUCCGCGCCAGCUAGAACCACUACUCGGUGGCAAUUCAUGGAAGCCUGAUGCACAAGCCAGUAAAAUGCUCACAACGUAUGGUCAACGUCUACGGCCAAGUCCCGACGGAGUGAUACCCAUCUAUCUGGACCAAAGCCUAGUCAAAAUAUUUCAGGUCAUGUUGGAAGUCACUGUCGGCCUCGAUCAUUACUGCCGUGGUGGAGAGGGGGCGCCUGAUUCGCUGGAUGUGCUGCUCAACAACUGCGACUGGGCAGCUCACACAACUCUAUCUCUGUCUCCCUACACACCGAUGCCUACGGAAGGCAAAGAUGAAGAGUCAGAAAUCGAUGUGUCAUGUACACAUCGCCAGAUCUGCAGGCUUUGUGCACUCCUUCAUGUCGACAUGGUCCUUCUUCCGACACCACCCCACACGGGAAUUAAGCUACGCCACGCAAAGAGGAUCUUGCGCUUACUAGAAAGGUUGGAUAAGCAAGAUCCCACCGAGGAUGACCAAAUCUCAGAGCUCUUGACCUGGGCGACAGUCCUCGGUGCAAUUGCUACCAGAUUCACAGAGUUGGAGGGGUGCUAUGGCACCCGUGUUGAGAAACUUGCCCAGAAAACGCCCUGGAACGUUGUCAAACCUUGCUUCGAGCAGCACUUGUGGUUUGACCCGGUAUAUGACGGUCCAGCCUGUAGGCUAUGGAGCGAAGCAGUAGAAAGGUCAAGUUCUGGUGAUGAGGAACUGACUCUUGGGGAUGAAGAAGAAAAAGAUUCCGCGUUAAGUGUUGACUAA